CAUUCCUGGCAAAUUUUCUGAAAUAUUAGAUUUUCCUUUGUCUUCAUCAAGUAAAACAGGCCCAUUUGAUGCCCAUUUCAAUAUCUUCCUUCUGCUGCCUGUCUUGUGGUCAUUUAACUUCUCAUUAAGCCCUGCACUGGAGACUGUGCCAGAAGGGGGAGAGGAUGAAAAGCAAAUGGAUCAUUUUUUUAAUUGUUAGCAGCUCUGGAAAAUGAUUUAGUAGAAGAGAUUGCAGCUAUUCUGGAAAUUCUUUUGGAUUAUGUUUUAUUUCAUUCAUCUACAUUGUCUCUGAGAUAUUGCUAAUAGUCAUCAAUUCAGAGGCUGAUUAUCCAGCCUCCGGAUGACCAGGAAUCUUUCUGCUUUUUUUUCGUUUCUUGCUGUAUCUAAGCAUCUCCACAGAGGAUGUUUAGAAGUAAGAAAUAGAGGUAAAAUUUAAACUAAUCAAUACAGUUUUUUCCUUUGGAGUUCUUUAGUGAACAAUUUGAUUUUUUGGGACAGUUUAGUCAUUGUUAUUGGAAGUGACUAAUAGUAACUUCGUUUUAUUUUGAUGGAUCUUAUACACAAGUGUAGGAAGGCUUUUGGGUGCUUUUUAAGAAACAUGGGCUUAUAUAGAUUCCUAUAAUUGCUUUCCUGAAUUAUUAAGCUUAAAGGUUUCAUUACAUCUUUGUACUGGAACAGGACCUUGGCUUUUGUUGUGGACAGAUUCAGGAGCAUCAUCUAAUUUUCGUUUUAUGAUUGCUCAAGAAGUUAUCUUGUUUUGAUUUAGCGGUAAAAAAGAAAAGGAAGGAUUAAUAGUGGAUAGACCUUGCAUAACAGCUGCAAUAUUGACGAUGUCUGGUUUUUUCCUUGUCUUUGGUCUCCCAUUUCUCAUUUAACCUUUUGGAUAUUCGUGGAUUGGAGUUCUUUACUUCACUUAAGACAGGACCGCAGCCUUCAAUAGUGCUAUCUCCCUGGAACCUGGGCUCCCGGAGACGCAGCGCUGGAGCAGAUGGAUAAUGGAGACUGGGGCUAUAUGAUGACUGAUCCAGUCACGUUAAAUGUAGGUGGACACUUGUACACAACGUCUCUCACCACGUUGACGCGAUACCCGGAUUCCAUGCUUGGAGCCAUGUUUGGGGGGGACUUCCCCACAGCUCGAGACCCUCAAGGCAAUUACUUCAUUGAUCGAGAUGGACCACUUUUCCGAUAUGUCCUCAACUUCUUAAGAACUUCAGAGUUGACCUUACCCCUGGAUUUUAAGGAAUUUGAUCUGCUUCGGAAAGAAGCAGAUUUUUAUCAGAUUGAGCCCUUGAUUCAGUGUCUCAAUGACCCUAAGCCUUUGUAUCCUAUGGAUACUUUUGAAGAAGUUGUGGAGUUAUCUAGUACUCGGAAGCUUUCUAAGUACUCCAAUCCAGUAGCUGUCAUCAUAACCCAACUAACCAUCACCACCAAGGUCCAUUCCUUACUAGAAGGUAUCUCAAACUAUUUUACGAAGUGGAAUAAGCACAUGAUGGAUACCAGAGAUUGCCAGGUUUCCUUUACUUUUGGACCCUGUGAUUAUCACCAGGAAGUCUCUCUCCGGGUCCAUCUGAUGGAGUACAUUACAAAACAAGGUUUCACGAUCCGCAACACCCGGGUGCAUCACAUGAGUGAGCGGGCCAAUGAGAACACGGUGGAGCACAACUGGACUUUCUGUAGGCUGGCUCGGAAGACGGAUGACUGAUCUCCAGCCCCCCUAGAAGUUCCUGGAAACUGACUCUCCAGGAGGUGGAAGAGGCUGAUUAUUUUUAAAUCACAGUGUGGGAUUUUUUUUUUUUUUAAUAUUUGUAUUUAUUUGAAGGCAUUGAGGACCAGAAGGAAGUUUUGUGCUUUAGCAGACUCCUGUGUUUUGUUCCCUUCACCCUGAGUAUGCAUGUGCCUGUUCAGAGCCUCCAGAUACCUUUUUUAUAAAAAGAAGUCAGAAAAUCAUUAUGGUAUAUAAUCUACCCUUAACAGAGCUUUUUUAUUACAGUGCUAAAACGAUUUCUGAUUAAAUGGUCCCUAACUCAACUAGAAGGCUAAAAAUGCGGGAAUGAAAGAAUAAACAGAGUACUCAUGAUGCCUUUGAGAAAAAUCAGAACAUCAUGUAGGGCGACCUAGUUUCCAAACCAAUAAGCAGUAUUGUAAUAUUAAAGGAAAACUGUUCCAAUCAUUUAAAAGUACUUGUUAAGUACUGCUUUUUACAGUUAUGACAACUGUUUCUUUCUAUGCAUAUAAAUCAAGCAACCAAAUAUCUGUAGCCAUGGAAAUGUCUGACUAGAAAUAUUUAUUGGAUUCUGAAUGCAAAAUGUCCCUGUGGUAGAAAUCUUACUUCUUAUGCCUGGUGCAGUAUAAUUCCCAAGUGUACUGUCUACCAGAAAAAAAACUAAUAAAAAAAUGAAAUAUGAAA